AUGGUUCUGCUGCUGCAAACCAGGCUAGCUUUCUUUCUAGCACUCUGUGUACUCUUCCUUAGCAGCAGCACAGCGGCAGACGACUCAGCUGUGAUGUCGAAGCUUGCAGAAGGCCACAAGAACACACCCGAAGACUGGUCAACAGGCAAAACCUACUGCGACUGGGAGGGGAUCGAAUGUGUCGGAAACAGAGUCGCCUCCGUCAAUUUAUCCUCCAUGUCUCUCUCUGGCUCUCUCCCUUCAAAUCUCAACUCUCUCACUCACCUCACCACCCUCUCACUCCAAAGCAACUCUCUUUCUGGCCCCUUUCCUUCUUUAGCCAACCUCUCUUCUCUCCAAGAGAUCUAUCUGGACAACAACAAUUUUUCUUCCAUUCCUUCUGGGUGUUUUCAAGGCCUCUCAAACUUGCAGGUUUUGAGCAUGAGCCAAAACAUCAAUCUUGAUCCAUGGGUUUUCCCCACUGAGCUCAUUCAAGCUUCAAGCUUGGUCACUUUAGCUGCAGGUAAUGCAAACUUCUAUGGGUCUUUGCCUGAUAUCUUUGAUUCCUUUCCAAACUUGCAAAGUCUGAGGCUUUCUUACAAUAAUUUUUCUGGGUUUUUGCCCAAAAGCUUUUCUGGAUCUGGGAUUCAAAACCUCUGGCUUAACAAUCAGCAAUUUGGGUUAUCUGGUACGAUUGAAGUUUUAUCAAACAUGACCCAGUUAAACCAGGUUUGGCUCCAUAAGAACCAAUUCACUGGUCCGAUCCCAGACAUCUCAAAGUGUAAAGCUUUGUUUGAUCUUCAGCUUCGUGAUAAGCUGUUAACUGGCAUUGUGCCAGCCACAUUGAUGUCCUCAACUGCCAUACAAAAUGUUUCUUUGGACAAUAACAAGCUGCAGGGUCCUCUGCCUGUGUUUGGGUCCAAUGUGAAAGCCACAUUUGAUGGUACUAAUAGCUUCUGCCUAACCAAACCAGGACCUUGUGAUCCGCAGGUCAACACUCUGCUUGAGGUUGCAGGGGCUUUGGGGUACCCAAUUUUGCUUGCUGAGUCUUGGGAAGGAAACAAUACUUGCGAUGGAUGGAGCUUCAUUGUUUGUGAUACGCAAGGAAAGGUUAUCACUGUGAAUUUUGAGAAGAAGCAUUUCACUGGGAUCAUUUCGCCUGCAUUUGCUAAUUUGACAUCUUUGAAAAAUUUGGUGUUGAAGAAUAACAAUUUGACCGGGUCGAUACCGGCUAGCUUGUUAACCUUGCAGCAGCUUCAGCUUCUUGAUUUUUCCAAUAACAAUCUUUUUGGGGAAAUUCCGAAAUUCCCAGAUACGGUGAAGUUAAUUACAACAGGCAAUGUCUUGAUUGGGACUACUCCGAGCUCUGGAGGUGGAGGAGGAGGAACUCCAUCCGGGUCUGGUUCGAAUGGAACUACACCCAAUGGGAGUCCGGCUCCGGCAUCAGGUGGUUCUUCAGUGUCUCCUGGUAUGAUUGAUGGUAUAGUUUUUGCUGUUGUUAUUUUCAUUUUGGUGCUUUUUUUUGUGUCCAUCAAAUGUUAUGAAAAUAAAAAGCAUAUUGUAAGGAUAGUGGAUAGUGAAAAUGGGUGCAAUGGAAUCCCAAGUGAUAAAACAGGCCUUCAUCUUUCUGAGGGUGGAAAUGUUGCAAUUUCGAUCGAAGUUCUUCGAAAAGUGACAAACAACUUUAGCGAGGAUAAUAUAUUGGGGAGAGGAGGAUUUGGAGUUGUUUACAAAGGUGAAUUGCAUGAUGGGACUAGAAUUGCUGUUAAAAGGAUGGAAUGUGUGGCAGUGAGCACUGAAAGAAUGAAUGAGUUCGAGGCAGAAAUUGCAUUCCUAGCUAAGGUCAAGCAUAGGCAUCUAGUUUCUCUUUUAGGAUACUGCAUCAAUGGAAAUGAGAGGCUUUUGGUGUACGAGUACAUGCCACAAGGAACAUUAACACAGCACUUGUAUAAUUGGCGUGAGAACGGCGUACCUCCUCUUACUUGGAGGCAGAGAAUCACAAUAGCAUUGGAUGUGGCAAGAGGAGUUGAAUAUCUGCAUGGCUUAGCUCCACAAAGUUUCAUUCAUAGAGACUUAAAACCCUCUAACAUUCUUCUAGGGGAUGACAUGAGGGCCAAGGUGGCCGACUUUGGCUUGGUAAAACAUGCCCCUGAUGCGAAUUCUGUUGAGACUCGGGUAGCAGGGACGUUCGGUUAUCUUGCACCAGAAUAUACAGCUACCGGACGAGUGACGACAAGAGUAGAUGUUUAUGCAUUUGGAGUGGUGUUGAUGCAACUUUUGAGUGGGAAGAAGGCCUUAGAUCAUACAAUUCCAGAUGAAAGGUCUCUCUUGGUUAUAUGGUUCCGCAGAUUCCUUAUUAAGAAGGAAUACAUUCCAAAGACUAUUGACGAAACUCUUAAGAACCAUGAUGAGGAGACAAUGGAGUGUAUAUGCAAAGUCGCUGAGCUAGCAGGACAUUGCACUGCUCAUAAUCCAUUCCAAAGACCAGAGAUGAGCUAUGUGGUCAACAUCCUGGCUCCUCUGGUUAGGAAUUGGAAGCCUACCAGUCAUGAAGAAGAAGAAAAGUAUGGCAUUGAUCGGCACAUGAGCCUUCCUCAAGGAUUGGAAUGGCAAGCCAAUGAAGAUGCUUCUGAUGUUGAAGUCUCUUGGCUUACCAGAAUUCCCAGAAGUUUAAGUUGUUAGGAUUUUGGACCAUCAAUUAUUUUAUAUUCUAUCA